AUGAAAUCAAAAAAUAUUUAGCAAGCAAUGAUUUGUAAAAUAGCUAUAAUUUCUGAAAACUAAGGUAAGCAUAUUAUAAUAUUAAGAUUAGUUAGCUCCUUUCUUAAAGUUUAUAACACUUAAUAUAAAGAGACCCAAGAUAAAUCAAAUAUUCAAAUCAUUCUAUAUAUGAAAGAUGACUGA